AUGCGCAAAGCCGCUGUAGUUUGGCGCUUGACAAAACUAUGCAUCAGGUCUUCCAAACCAUUCACGACCGGGACUCAGGCCUUUAGAUCAGUCUCAAGCCAGGCUGCUGCUGCUGCUGCUGCUGCUACCUUAGAGAGACCCAGUCAACAUGCCCUUCACCAGAUUCGUCUUCGUGAUUAUCAAGAAGAGUGCAUACAGGCGGUUCUCUCCUCGAUAAGCCAUGGCCACAAGCGCCUUGGGAUUUCGCUGGCUACGGGCGCUGGCAAGACGGUCAUAUUCACACAACUGAUCAACCGCGUCGAAGCACCCUCUCAACAUGCCGGACAGACGCUCAUAUUGGCGCAUCGGCGCGAGCUAGUUGAGCAAGCUGCUAAGCAUUGCACAAGCGCUUACCCGAACAAGACUGUUGACAUAGAGAUGGGCAAUAUACAUGCUUCUGGGUUUGCCGAUAUCACCAUUGCAAGCAUACAGAGCAUCACCUCCGGAGACAGGAUCGACAAAUUUGACCCGAGGCGGUUCAAGCUCGUGUUGGUGGACGAAGCCCAUCACAUCGUCGCCCCUGGAUAUCUAAGAGCCUUGGAACACUUCGGUUUGGAUCAGAAACGAGAAGGGUCUCCUACAUUGGUUGGUGUAUCUGCCACCUUCUCACGCUUUGAUGGUCUUCGGCUAGGCGCCGCGAUCGACGAGAUCGUCUACCACAAAGACUAUGUCGAUAUGAUCGGGGAGAAGUGGCUCUCCGACGUUAUUUUCACCACUGUCGAGUCCACAGCAGAUCUGUCAAUGGUUCGUGGCGGAGCUAACGGCGAUUUUCAACCUGGAGAUCUCUCUCGAGUUGUCAAUACAGAGCAAGUGAACGAGAUUACUGUGCGAAGCUGGCUUGCCAAAGCCGCUGGGAGAAAAUCCACCUUGGCUUUCUGUGUAGACCUUUCGCAUGUCGCUGGUUUGACACAAACCUUUCGGAACCAUGGUAUUGAUGCUCGGUUCGCACAGGAGUUUCCUGUCCUGAUUAACUGCGGUGUGUUUACUGAAGGCACUGACAUCCCGAACAUAGAUUGCGUCAUUCUGGCAAGGCCAACACGCUCUCGAAAUCUACUCGUACAGAUGAUCGGAAGAGGGAUGAGGUUAUUCCAGGGGAAGACGAAUUGCCAUGUCAUCGAUAUGGUCUCCAGCCUGGAGACUGGUAUCAUCACCACUCCGACUCUUUUCGGCCUAGAUCCUGGAGAGCUAGUGAGCGAUGCUUCCGUGGAUGAAAUGCGGAGAAUGAAAGACCGUAAGGAGGCUGAGGAGGAACGGACGCAGGUUGCAAAUUCCGCCCAAUCAGCACCACCAGCAAAUAGUGCCCUUGUUGGCAACAUUACUUUUACUGAGUAUGAUUCCGUCUUCGAUCUCAUCGCGGAUACGUCUGGUGAAAAGCAUAUUCGCUCCAUCAGCCAGUAUACGUGGGUUCAAGCAGGGCCAGAUAAGUACAUCCUGUCCACACCAAGCGGGACCUACCUCAGGCUGGAGAGGGAUCAGGCUACCAACAACGAAGAGCCCAUGUUUUCAGCAUGGGAAAUAAGGGCGCUUCCUCAGGGAACUGGAUCCAAGUCACCAUACGCGACUCCACGCCGUUUGCUUGAUGCCACAACCUUCACAGAUGCUGUCCAUGGUGCCGACAAGUACGCAUCAGAGAAAUUUUCUCACAAUUUCAUUUCGAGACGGAUGAGAUGGCGUAACAAUCCAGCAACCGAGGGGCAGCUGAAGAUGAUCAACAGGCUGCGAGCGAAGGAGGAUAAGCUAACGCCCACUGAUAUUACAAUGGGCAAGGCAGCUGACAUGAUCACUAAGAUCAAACACGGAGCCCGUGGUCGUUUCGCUACCAUUGAUGCAGACAGGCGGCGCAAAGAGCGUCAGGUCUCACUCGUCGAGCAGGAGAAGGAGAGAAAACAGAGAGAGAAGGUUUCUGUCGGGCCGCUGAUGGCUUAA